AUGAACUCCGAUUCAUUUUCUGCUCUUCCUGGUUCGAUUCAUCUGGAUCUUAGUUCAAACCAACUCAACGGGUCUAUCUCGAAAUUCAUUUCUGAAAUGCAGAGUAUCAAGUACUUGAAUCUAGCUAACAAUACCCUCCACGGCGUUGUUCCUUUUAACCUCACUUUCGUUAAGGGGUUUGGAAGUAUUCAAACUUGGCUGAAUCGCUCCGCCGGUUUUUGCUCUCGAAACGGACAUCCCGAAACCAUCUCUGCACAACCGUUAGUUGCUUCUGGCUCAGAGGAGAGUUUGGAGAAGAAGCUCAAGAAUGGUCCUAAACGGUGCUCCAACUGCAAUAAGCGGUUAAAUUACCUUGAAAUGUUGGAAUUUAGUUAG